CUCUCUAGGUGAUUGUUCAAUCUGAAAGAAUGCAUGGUUCGACUGUAGAGGUACUCGAGGAUUUUCUUGGAUCUUGUUGGUCCUUGAAGACAAAAGAAGUGGACACAGAGAACGAAGUGCUUGCGAUUUAGGCUAUUUACUUGUGAAAUUGUAUCUGUGUGAAUCACAGUCUUGAAACGACUUUUGAAAAUUUGGACAAUGGCACUGGUAAUGACGAUGAGAACGAAGAUCGACGAGGAUAACGCAUAAGAACAUGAAGAGAGGAAGGAGAUAGUGAAAUUGUAUGAAACUACAAAGUUUUCAAUUUUAUAAUAGGCUUCUAAAAAAAUCCAAUACUCCAAAUAAUAAAGAAUUCAGUUUCAAUCCUAAAAAUCCAAAUAAUAAUAAAAAUUCUAAUUUCGGUCCCUUAUAACUUGAAGAAAUAUCGAUAACAAUAUAAGAAAGUGCACGAACAUCAAAUGUUUUGAUCAUUCCAUCUUCUAAUGGAGCCAAACAGCUACCAAAACCACCCCUGCUCCUUGUCGAAGAUCUACAACUGCGAUCUACGCAGAAAUUACGAAUUUUGGAGCACAGAAGAAACAUUUCCAACUAUGUGUCCUCUACCAAGCUGCUAUAACUUAGUCCCGGAUGUGUUGACCACGAGGAGCGUGCCUCUUUCGUGGGACCUUCCUCUACUAAGAUACAAACCACAGCCACGCUAUGAGAAACCACCAUACUCAUACAUCGCUUUAAUAGCCAUGGCAAUCAAUUCUUCGCCUAAACAGAGACUCACCCUUUCAGGGAUCUACAGAUUCAUUAUGGAUAGGUUUCCUUAUUACAGAGAAAAUCGUCAAGGAUGGCAGAACAGUAUAAGGCAUAAUCUGAGUUUAAACGAUUGCUUUGUGAAGAUACCAAGGGAUAAAGUGAUUGGAAACGAUAAUGGGGAAGAUCAAGCUGGUAAAGGAAGCUACUGGACUUUAGAUCCUUCUGCAAGUGAGAUGUUCGAGCAUGGUAAUUAUAGAAGAAGAAGGAUGAGGAGGCAACGAGGAUUGACGCAGGAUAAACAGGAACAGCAUCACACGGUGGUCUCGGUUUCGCCGGAAAUCAUAUCCAAUUUGACACGCAAGGAAAAAGAUGAACAGAGAUGUGAAACAAUUGAGAAAAAUGCUGAACAAGCUCAAGGACAUUGUGUAAAGUCGAUGAUGUUUACGAUCGAGAAUAUCUUGCGAAAAUCCACAAACGAAUCUCCUAUUUAAAUGUGUAGGAACUAUGCAUUUUUAAUAUAAAAAUAAUUAAUUGUAAAGUAAAUAAAUAAUUGAUUUGAUAUUGUUAUUGUAUACUUAUUCGAUAUACUGAAUUAAGGUUAUCGAAAAUUCUUGAAUACAAU